UUUCAUCAUUCAUCCUACUGUUAUGACCAUAUUAACAUCAACUUUGAAAUAAUAUUCAAAUAUUCAUUCAAGCAAAGCAACUUCAUUUGAUGAAUUGCAUCCUUUCUCUUCUUAAAGGUCAACAGAACAGUGUCGUCGCAGUCAGUUUUUAGAUAUGAUAUUGGCUAGACUCUGGAUUGUUAUUUUUGUAACUAGCACAACCAUUGUCAAAGCCCAAAACAUUACCCAGUGUGCUUCUUCUUGUGGUGAUAUUCAUGACAUUAGCUUUCCUUUUCGAUUGAAAGCAGAUCCGCUGAAUUGUGGAGAUUCCAGGUUUGAGCUUGAUUGCCUGAAAAAUCGUACUGUCAUAAGUUUGAAUUCGAAAAGAUAUUACGUGCUAGAAAUCGACUAUCGCGAAUUCUUGAUCAGAGCAAUUGACCCUGGUUUGGAACAUUACAAGAGGAACUGUACUUCUUUUCCUGAUUACUUUAACACAUCUGUUCCUAGCACCUCAACUUUUGCUAGAGAUUUGACUGUUGAACUUCUUUAUCGGAAGUCAACUUCUGGUACUAUCAUAGAUGUUAAACAUCAUGAUCGGAACAUUCCCAUUAUCUAUGUCAACUGUUUAGCUCUUGUAAAUUCCUCGCGCUAUGUGGAGACUACUUUCUGUGGUUCGCAGAACAAGACUUAUUUCUCUAAUUCUUCCCAAAGUCAUAGCUAUAUCGCCAUUGGACAGGACAUGUCGGUCUCUGAUUUGGCUGAGAAUUGCAGCGUGGAAAUGGUGGCCUGGGCCUCGGCUCGUGGGCUUUCGGGGGACAAUACUUCUCUAUCGAACAUUCAAGCAGCCUUGGCUUAUGGGUUUGAGCUUUCUUGGAAGCGUACCUACUUCUGCAGAGAAUGUGAAGGGUACUGUUAUGCUGAAGGCGACGGCUUUGUUUGCCAUCGCUGCAAGCUAAACUCAGGGAUUAAGCUCCGCAUCCCUUGUAGCGUCCACCACUUCUUUGAUCUAAUUUAUACAAGAUUCUACGGUGGAAUAGUAUUGAUUUUAAUUCCACCAUUCCGAUUUCUCUGUGGAUUCAUUUUCCUGAUUGCAUUAGUAGUGUAUAAAUUGAGAAGACGGCACUUAUCUGAGUAUCAAGCAAUUGAAGAAUUCCUGCAAAUCCAAAGCAACCUUGUGCCAAUUAAGUACUCAUAUUCUGAGCUUAAGAAGAUGACUAAUAAUUUCAAGGAAAAACUAGGCGAAGGAGCCUAUGGAACUGUCUUUAAAGGAAAGCUCCGUAGUGGUCCUUUUGUUGCAUUAAAGAUGAUGCACAAAUCUAUGACUAGUGGGCAAGAAUUUAUCAGUGAAGUUUCCACAAUUGGGAGGAUUCACCAUGUUAAUGUUGUGCAGCUCGUUGGAUUCUGCGUUGAGGGCUCAAAACGUGCUUUGGUCUAUGAGUUAAUGCCCAACGGUUCCUUAGACAAGUACAUAUUUCUGCAAGAAGGAAUUGUUUCCUUGAGUUGCAAACAAAUGUUCGAGAUAUCUGUAGGAGUUGCGCGUGGGAUAGACUACCUACAUCGGGGCUGUGACAUGCAGAUCUUACAUUUUGAUAUAAAGCCUCACAACAUUCUUCUGGACGAAAAUUUUAAUCCAAAAUUAUCUGACUUUGGGCUUGCAAAAUUGUACCCAACAGAUGAUAGUAUUGUGAGUUUAACUGCAGCAAGAGGGACAAUGGGUUUCAUGGCUCCUGAGUUGUUUUACAAAAAUAUUGGAGGAGUGUCAUACAAAGCCGAUGUUUAUAGUUAUGGCAUGUUGUUGAUGGAAAUGGCAGGCAGAAGGAAGAACAUGAACCCAUUCGCGGAUCAUUUAAGCCAAAUUUACUUUCCUACAUGGGUUUACGACCAGUUUAAUGAAGGAAAUGAUAUAGAGAUGCAGAACGAGGACGAUGAAGAUAGGAGGAUGGUAAAGAAAAUGAUGAUCGCGGCUUUGUGGUGCAUACAAAUGAAGCCAGCUGAACGUCCUGCGAUGAGCAAAGUGGUCGAAAUGCUUGAAGGAGAAGUUCAACUCCUGCAGAUGCCUCCAAGACCUUUUACAGCUCCGUGUAACAUAGCUGGGGAAGUUAUUUAGACUAUAGGAAUUUCCAGCAUUGUAUAUAGGUUGCUAACUCAUCAUGCUGUGUAAAACAAUGGUCAUAUUCUUGCCUCUUUCACUUGAGCUGCAGCUGAUUAGUCUUGUGAUAAAGUUCUCAUCUCAUGUACAUUUUGUAUUUUUCCAGUUCUACAAUCUUUCUGAUUCAAUUGAAAAAGCCA